UAUUACACAUCAAAUUCUACAAAUUACACAUCAAAUAUUACAUUACACAUCUUCUUCUAAAACAAAAAUGCGAAGGACGCGCAGAACACGUCCGCUCUCGUCCAAAGACGGUAACGGACUUUUUACAAAUUACACAAUGGAUCUGUUCUUUUCAGCUGAACUGCUGCACUAGUGCAAUUAGUUAGAGUGAAAGAAAGUAUGUUUGUCUCUUUCUAACUUAUUGCACUAGUGCAGCAGUACAGCUGAAAAGAACAGACCCUUACACUUGAAUUUUGCGACACGCUGAAAAAGUUAAAACUGUUUGAACUUUAUUUUAUUGACGCUGAAUCUAGAGAAAGUCUAGUAAUUUUAAUUUGCCGCUGGUUUCUAGCGUCAAUGAGGCCGCACCUUUACAUGGAGCAUAUUUUGAAUGGAAAAGCGGAACGGAGAAUUAUAAAAUAUUAAUUUUUAACUGUAUUUGUUGAUUAAAAUGCUCAUAUUCAUUAGACAAGCUGAUAAGGUAAGCAUAUUAAUAAAAAUUGCAAUGAAUUAAGUAUACAUAAUUUUUAAAAAUGAAUAUAAAUACCUAUUUGUCACUAUAUCGUUCCGCUUUUCCGCGUAAUUGUCCUCCAUGUAAUAUAAGGACAAACAAAUUCGCAGAACGAGCGCGAAAAUCUGUUGUCAACGCGAAUAUUCAUUCCUUCGCGGAGUGUAUUCUGAAGUGUCAUUAAAUUUCGGAACCGGAAUAACAAAGAAAAUUGUUAAUUCUUCUAUUAUAUUUUAAAAUAAGUGGCUGUAUAUAAUGGAUCCAAAUAUCAUACUAAUAAUUAUUAUGAAGUAUCUUAUGCAAGCAAGAGAUGAACCAUUGAGAUAUGCUGAGAUAACUAUAAAAAAAGUUAUUUCAUUGUUUUAUUUGUAUUUGCGUUACAAAAAAUUGGGAGAACGCAAAAAUGAUCGUAAAAUGGGUACGGCCUAUUUUUACCGAGAGAAGAAGACUUCUGCAAGGUGCCAGCGACAAUUUACUUGUGGAGAUGCGAUUGACAGAUCCGGAAAAAUACUUCAACUACCUUAGAAUGUCACCAACAACCUUCAAUGAAUUACUUAAUAUUGUUGGACCACUAAUUGAAAAACAAAAUGUAGUUCGAAAAUUAAUACCGGCCAGAACGAGAUUAGAAGUGACUGUACGAUGGUUGGCAUCUGGCGACAGCAUGACAUCGUUAUCAUAUGCUUAUCGUAUUGCCCAAUGUACGCUAUCACAAAUUAUUCCGGAAACUUGUCAAGCAAUUUGGCUUUCCUUAAAGGAAAAAGUUAUGAUUGAUCCAACUGAAGAAAAUUGGAGUAUGAUUGCAGGCGAUUUUGAAACAACAUGCCAAUUUACCAAUUGUAUAGGCGCUAUCGAUGGGAAGCAUGUCGUUAUUCAGUUUCCAAUUUCACGCCUCGUAGUGGUUCAUGCUAUUACAACUAUAAAGGAAAUCAUAGCAUAAACCUGCUCGCAAUAAGUGAUGUCAAGAACCGCUUCACUAUUGUUGAUAUUGGAGCUGAAGGAAGGCACAGCGACGGAGGUGUUUUUGAUAGUAGCGGAUUACCGCAUUUACUUGAGACGAAUGCUCUCCAUAUUCCUCCACCUAGGCGUCUAAAUAAUAUGGAUUUUGAUUUUCCGUACGUUUUAUUGGGAGAUGAGGCCUUUCCUCUAAGCACAUAUAUGAUGCGACCAUAUCCUCGGAGUCGACGGCUGAAUAUCAGCAGAAAAAUUUUUAACUAUCGCCUGAGUCGAGCAAGAAGAACAGUUGAAUGUGCUUUCGGGAUUUUGGUUGCAAGAUGGAGAAUAUAUCGUCAACCUAUUGUUGCACGCACAUCUACUGCCGUAAAAGCUGUACAAGCAACGGUUAUUUUGCAUAAUUUUAUUAUUAAUAAAGAACUGGACUUACCAUUUCCAGAAAGAAGAUACUGUAAUAUACAAGAAGAAGAGCGCAUUCUCUUGGCUACAAGUAAUGGACUUACAGCUGUAAGUUACAGAAAUGCUUCGCAAAAAUCUGCAGCAGUGAAAAUUCGAGAUAACUUUGCACAUUAUUUCGAGCAUGUCAAUCCUCUAUCGUGGCAGUGGGACAAAGUUUUAACUAACAACUUUUGAAACAUCAUGUAAUUUUAACGCACUUGUCAAUAAUUUUGUAAAAGUAUUUUUUAAAAGUAUAUAAUUCGAAAGUUUUUUACGACACAACAUUCGUACGUAGUCUUUUUAUAUAUUUUCAAAGUUUAAUAAUACAGAGUACUUCGUACAACAAUUAAUGAACUGAAUGCAAAAA